AUGCAUUUUGCCACCAACGUUUCGAGGGUACUGGCUCAGAGUCCGGGGACCCGUAGCUCCAUGCUCCAAGGAUGGAUUGGAUGGAUACAUGAGUUUGAGCGGAGUGUUACUACUGGUUUCCGUAACAACAUGUCGCCGAACGAUAUAGGAGACUGCCUAAAGGCUCAUCUUGAGCUUUUAGCUCUGAAGGCUUCUCUAAUGAAUGGUAUCUUCGGGUACCUUGUGCUUCGAGAUGCAUUACCCAAGUUCCUCUCGUUGGUGGCGACUGAUUCGAACUUAUUAAUUGAGCAGCACAACGGAGGCAUGGUCAUCUCGUUUCAUCGCAUAAUUAACACACAUCGAUACGAGCUUACAAAAUUCGCUGUGCAUGACGUGCUUACGGUGCUCCUACUUGGAGUACCACUCCUCGUAGAAUACGGGUACGAUGGUGACCACGAGCCUGAAAAUCCUAUGUUCGAGUGGAUACAUGGAAUUCCGGCCACGUUUCUCGAAGUUAUGGCACAGAUCAACUCGAGGAGAACUGGCUCCCGAGUUCGUCUGGAUGAUUGGCAAACUCUGGAAGAACGUGUCCUAUUCUGGAAAUCACGAUACGCUAUGCUAAAUGACGCUCCUGUUCCUGGGAGCGACGAUGCCGAAAGAGUUGCAGUGCAAGAAGGGUGGAGGCAUCUGUUACUCAUCUACAUCUACAUGGUAUGA